AUGUGCAGGGCGUUCCCGACCACACUGAAGGGACCUGCGAGGGUCUGGUUCAGCAAACUGACACCAAACUCAAUCAAUACUUUCAAGGAGUUGAGCGCCCAGUUCACCUCCCACUUCAUUGGCGGACAUCGGUACAAGAGGUCCACCGCGUACUUGAUGAGCAUAAAGCAGCGAGAAGACGAGACGUUGCGAGCCUACAUAACCCGUUUCAACAAAGAAGCCCUUUCGAUCGAUGAAGUGGAUGACAAGAUACUGGUAGCCGCGUUUACAAGCGGGUUGCGGAAGGGGAAGUUCUUGUUUUCCUUAUACAAGAACGACCUGAAGACCAUGGCGGAUGUACUCUACAGGGCUACCAAGUAUAUGAAUGCGGAAGACGCACUAUUGGCCCGUGAAGAGAAACCUAAGAAGAGGGAGAGACAGGAGGAUAUGCGGCAAGAUAGGGGGCGAAAGGUCGCUAGAACCGGGGAUCAGCGUGAUGAAAGGCGUUUCAGACCCCCCACGGGAAGAUUCACCAAUUUCACACCAUUAACCGCCCCAAUCGACCAAGUACUAAUGCAAAUCAAAGAUGAAGGAGCACUGACAUUCCCAGGGAAGUUGAAAGGAGAUCCAAACAAAAGACCAAGGGACAAGUAUUGUCGCUUUCACCGGGACCACGGGCAUGACACUGCCAACUGCUAUGACUUAAAGCAGCAGAUUGAGGCACUGAUCAGACAGGGAAAGUUACAAAGGUUCGUCAGCAGGGAAAAGACCUACAAACCGGAAGAACAGACCCCACGAUGGGAGAACGAGCGCCCCAGACCACCAAUAGGGGACAUUCAGAUGAUAAUAGGGGGCACAGUUGCAGUCGGGUCUUCCAAAAAAGCCCUCAAAACCUACCUUAGGACGGUCCAUAGCGUCCAACUCACAGGAUCCGUACCGAAGAUGCCACGAAUAGGUAACCCCGUCAUACAUUUUUCAGAGGAUGAUGCUCGGAGACUUCACCAUCCUCAUGACGAUGCGCUCGUAGUCAGCCUGCAGAUUGGGGAUUAUAAUAUGCAUCGGGUGCUUGUCGACAAUGGUAGCUCAGCGAACAUCCUGUACUAUCCAGCAUUCCAGCAGAUGAGAAUUGACAAGGAACUAUUGUCUCCAACGAACGCCCUACUCGUGGGAUUUGGAGGCGCAAAAAUAUUCCCUUUGGGCGCAAUAACUCUAACGGUGACAUCAGGUGACUAUCCUCAGCAAAUCACCAAGGAAGUAACAUUUCUCGUAGUCGACUGCUCGUCCGCCUACAACGCCAUCCUUGGCCGACCAACCCUCAAUUCCUGGAAGGCGGUAACUUCCACGUACCACCUAAUGAUUAAGUUCCCGACGGAGUACGGGGUAGGAGAGCUACGGGGAAAUCAAGUUGCUGCCCGAGAAUGCUAUAUUGCCAUGAUAGAAAUGGAGGAUCAACAGCAGACGAUGUGUAUCGGGAAACAGAAAGUAAUGGCAGAGCCAGUUGAAGAGCUAGAAGAAGUUAGACUGGAUGACGCACGGCCUGAACGGACGACCAAAAUAGGCACGCUAGCCAGUUGGCCGGUGCGACAAACGAUUACGACUUUCCUAAAAAGUAACCAAGACGUGUUUGCUUGGAACCAUGAAGACAUGCCAGGUAUCGACCCAUCAGUCAUGGUCCACAAGUUGAACGUGUCACCCUCCUUUCCUCCAGUCAGGCAAAAGAAACGAGCCUUCGUCCAGGAACGGGAUAAGGCCAUAGCCGAGGAAGUUCAGAAGCUACUGGGGGCAGGUUUCAUCAGAGAGGUGUAUUAUCCCGAUUGGCUGGCGAACGUCGUUAUGGUGAAGAAGGCAAACGGGAAUUGGCGAAUGUGUGUGGACUUCACGGACCUCAACAGAGCUUGCCCCAAAGACAGUUACUCGCUUCCAUGGAUAGACACCCUGGUGGAUUCAACUGCAAGACAUCAGCUCCUAAGCUUCAUGGAUGCCUUCUCGGGCUACAACCAAAUCCGAAUGGACGUAUCUGAUCAAGAAAAAACCUCCUUCGUCACCAGUCAGGGAUUAUUCUGCUACAAGGUAAUGCCCUUCGGACUUAAAAACGCUGGAGCAACGUACCAGAGGCUAAUGAACAAGAUGUUUGCGCACCAAAUAGGUAGGAACGUUCAGGUUUACGUUGAUGACAUGUUAGUCAAAAGUCUGCGCGAAAAAGAUCAUCUAGACGACCUCCGCGAAACGUUCAACACACUUCGGUCAUUCAACAUGAAACUAAAUCCGAGCAAGUGCGCGUUCGGGGUCACGGUGGGAAAAUUCCUGGGUUUUAUGGUGUCCCAAAGAGGAAUAGAAGUUAGCCCGGAGAAGGUACGGGCCAUUAUGGAGUUAGAACCCCCGAGGAUGGUCAACGAAGUCCAGAGUCUAAAUGGAAAGAUCGCGGCCCUAAACAGAUUCGUCUCAAGGGCGACAGACAGGUGCUUACCAUUCUUCCGAACCCUAAGAAAGUCAUUUGAGUGGACGGAUGAAUGCCAAGCGGCCUUCAACGAUUUAAAAGUAUAUCUCUCAUCUCCUCCAUUACUCAGUCCAUCCGUGCAAGGUGAAGAACUCUACCUUUACUUAGCAGUCUCACAUGUCGCAGUAAGCGCAGCUUUAGUAAGGGAGGAGGAAGGGAUACAAAAACCUGUCUAUUUUACCAGCCGUGCACUCCGUGGUGCAGAGGAGAGGUACCCCCAUAUGGAGAAGUGGGCUUUUGCGCUAGUAAUAGCUGCACGGAGACUUAAGCCGUAUUUCCAGGCACACACAAUCAUUGUCUUAACAGACAAGCCACUAAGGAAAGCGAUGAACAGCCCAGAGGCAGCGGGAAGAAUGGCCUUGUGGGCAAUAGAGCUAAGCGAGUUUGAUAUCCAGUACCGCCCACGGAUGGCGAUGAAAGGGCAGGCAGUUGCUGACUUCAUUGCCGAAUUUACACUCGGGGAGGACCGAUUGGAAGAAGUAAGGGAACAGUGGAAAAUCUACACAGACGGGUCCUCAAACAGGUGA